GUCGGUGCGACUCGCGACACGACAGGUAGCCGACCUGGCUCGACUCACUGAGUUCUCGUCAUGGGAGUGGUGAAGACGGCGUCCGAGAGCAUCCUCGAGGAAACCGUUAUUCCCAGCGAGGAGGCAAACCACUCUCUUCAGGGGCAUGCCGAGGAGUGGACUGGCAGCUUCCCUUACCAGUUAUUGAUAGGUGUUGGGGUUGGACUGAUGGCACUGGUUCUCCUCGCUGCGGCAAGUUUUCAGUGUUCAGCUACCUGGCGUUGGCUGAUGGGUGUCUCAGGUCAGAAUAACGACGAGGACACCGAUGGCGAUAUCGGGCAUCAGAAUGCCAUCCGGAUCAGCCAUUCCCUACCGGAUCUCCAGUCGGAGCCAAUCACUCACGAAUACGUUCAAGAGCAGAAGGACAACAAAAAGGUCCUGCGGCAAACGACUCUACCGAUCGUUCCCAUGCGCCAUCAAACCUUUCAGCGGCAGUUAUCCCAUCGGCUGGAUUUACCCAACAUCAAGUUCAGCAUUUGUAGUCUCGAAAACCGUAGCGACUCCAGUCUCGGAUUGCUCAAGCCCGAGUUGUACAAAAAGGAUCUCACACGGCAGGCGAGCACCGAAAGUUCAAGUACCGUUGAAAUGGAGUACUCCGGUAAACUUCACUUCGCCUUGCGAUACGACAAGGAGUUUGAAGGCCUCGUUGUUAAGGUUUUGGAAGCUCGAGAAUUGCCAAUUAAGGAUGUUACUGGGAGCAGCGAUCCUUACGUCAAAGUCUACCUCUUGCCGGAUAGAAAGAAGAAAUUCCAGACGAAAGUUCAUCGUAAAAAUUUAAAUCCCAUCUUCAACGAAACCUUCAUUUUCAGCGUACCAUACGACGAUCUCCGCGAGCGUUAUCUCCAAUUUUCGGUAUACGAUUUCGACAGAUUCUCCAAGCACGAUCUGAUCGGCCAAGUCGUUCUCAGGGAUCUUCUCGACUGUACUGAUCUUGAACAAGAAAUCGAGUACACGAUGGACAUUUUUUGUGCUCUUCAGGAAAAGGUCGACCGAGGUGAACUGAUGCUGUCUCUCUGCUACCUGCCAACGGCUGGGCGACUGACUCUGACGGUGAUAAAAGGCCGGAACCUGAAAGCAAUGGACAUUACAGGUUCCUCGGAUCCCUACGUGAAGGUCUAUCUACUGUGUCAGGGGAAGAGGAUAAAAAAGAAGAAAACUACGGUUAAGAAAAAAACUCUCUGCCCGGUGUACAACGAGGCCCUUGUCUUCGAUGUGCCGUCAGAAAACGUUGAGGAGGUCAGCCUCGUCGUGAAAGUUCUCGAUUACGACAGGAUUGGCCCCAACGAACUGAUGGGCUGUACCGCCAUUGGCGCCAGCUUCAUAGGCAUCGGUCGUGAUCACUGGCUCGAGAUGCUCGAUAAUCCCAGAAAACCUGUGGCUCAGUGGUACCCGCUGCAUGAGACAGUCGCCGGACACAUACCAGCCGUCACCUCGGAACCGCUUCCCGUCAGUCUAAGCUGCCUAAACAGCAGAUGAAGAAAAAGCGAUUAACGAAGCCGUCAGCGUGGUGGUUGAAGAAUUCUCAUCGUAAGUACUGGGCGUCAGCUGGCUUGAGAGAUCAUCCCUUUCUGUCACUACUCGUAUUAUAAUGCACGACGUCCUUCGACUGGCUUAUACGCGAAUUACGAACGAGUGAAAUCUGGCUUGCUAAGUCAGAAUGUUGAAAGUUUAACGUUGAAAACUUGUAUGCAGGGCACCAAUCGAACGCUCUGAGCAUGUCCGAUAAUCAGAGUGCAGGAUUGAUGAUGAAACGUUGUAAACUAUGUAUUUUUGUCCUUAAUUUUCCUCUCUCUGUAAAAUAACGAUGUUGCAUAACGAUGUUGAUCAUAUAUAUAUA